UUAUGUGCGAUGAACAUGCUCGGGAACGGUCUAUACGUUGCACACCAAGUCGAGGACGCGUUGACCGUGCUAGAGGCCGAGUUGGCCACGAAGCGGCGCCUUGGCGUAUCAGAGGAACGCAUCCUCGCCGUACAGAACAAUCUUGCGAACACGUACUACAGGCUCGGACAGGAAGACCGGGCACUACGCAUGCGACAGGAAGUAUAUUCCGCACGUUUAAAGUUCAGUGGCGAGGAACACCCAUCAACCCUUCGCGCAGGCUACAACUACGCGGACACCCUUAGUCGUCUAGAGCGCUUCGAAGAAGCCAAGUCACUGCUUCUGAAAAUAAUACCCGUGGCGCGACGCGUCCUCGGCGAGAAUGAAGAAGUCGUGCUCAGGAUGAGGGCGAAUUAUGCAGGGGCGCUCGUCAACGCCAGCGGCGCCACGCUCGACGAUAUCCGCGAGGCCGUGACGACGCUCGAUGUCGUGGCACGGAUCGCGCGGCGCGUGCUCGGCGGCGCACACCCGAUCACAGAAGCGAUUGAGCAUAAUCUG